AUGAAGGUUUCCCCGGGUAUCGACCCCGACCCCGUUGUGGUGCUGUACGCGCACAGAUGGGGGGGUGUGGGGGGAAUGGACGGGUACGGCGAGGCGUUCCCCGUGUCCCCCCAGGCGCAGGACCCCAACUUCACGGUGCCCAUCGGCAAGGCCAAGGUGGAGCGCGAGGGCAAGGACGUCACCCUCGUCGCCUUCUCGCGCAUGGUUGGCGUGGCGCUCAAGGCGGCAGACGAGUUGGCCAAGGAGGGCAUCUCCGCUGAGGUGCUGAAUCUGCGCACGAUCCGGCCGUUGGAUCGGGAGGCCAUCAAUGCGUCGGUGCGCAAGACGUCGCGCCUCGUCACCAUCGAGGAGGGCUGGCCGCAGUCUGGUGUCGGUGCCGAGAUCUGCGCCACGGUGGUGGAGGCAUCAUAUGACUACCUGGAUGCCCCAGUGGAGCGCAUCUGUGGCUCAGACUGCCACGGUGGUGGAGUCAUCAUUCGACUACCUGGAUGCCCCAGUGGAGCGCAUCUGCGGCUCAGACGUCCCCAUGCCCUAUGCUGCCAACCUCGAACGCCUCGCCCUGCCCCAGGUGCGCCUACCCCCCCCCCCCCAUGCGCCCCUCACCCCACGUCAUGCACCCCUCUCCCCAUGUCUUGCGCCCCUCUCCCCAUGUCAUGCGCCCCUCUCCCCAUGUCAUGCGCUCCUCUCCCCAUGUCAUGCGCUCCUCUCCCCAUGUCAUGCGCUCCUCUCCCCAUGUCAUGCGCUCCUCUCCCCAUGUCAUGCGCUCCUCUCCCCAUGUCAUGCGCUCCUCUCCCCAUAUCAUGCGCCCCACUCCCCACGUCAUGCGCCCUUCCCUCCACAUGCCUUUCCUUUGCGCUGUGA